UGUAAUUAUGAAGUUGUCAUCAAUAGGCUGGAGCAAAACUGACUGAAUGACCCUUUUUAGACUGUGACCUAAUCAUUGAUUUCCUGGAGGUGGUCAUCUGAGGGGUUCUGCCUGGAAUCUCAUUGCUACAGUGAAAACACAUUAUGUUCUUCAGUGCCACUGAGGCACUCGUCUGUACCCUCAGUUAAAAUGCAGGUUUUAAAAAUAUUUUUAUGAAAUGAUUUUAUUAAUAGAUGCCAUUGUACUUGCUGUUGAUAAGGAUACAGGCUUAGAAAGUAAAGAAGCUUUAUAAAAAUCUCCUGAACAUUUAGUCUUGAAGCCAACUGUUCUUUUUUUACGUUUAAAAUGAGCCAUUGAUCUUGUAUUUCUGUGAAGCCUUUUUAUAACAGCCUAGUCAUGAAUCACAACUGCUGUCAGCUGAACUAGAUUUUUAUGCUUUGUUAGCAAAGAACAUGUACUGUAUGCAGAAAAACAAGUUCCACUCCCCAGUGAAUUUCAUGAGCUGUGAGGCUGCUGAAGGGCUGUCUUUAGCCUAUAAGAUAAUGUCACCAGAUGUUGCCUUUUGGGGAAAAAAAACAAAACAGCUGCCUGUUUCUCCAUGUUGUAUCUUGUUGUGUUGCCGUUUGUCAAUGUGUACAGUAAUGAUGUAGAUACCAUAUCUAAGGCACGCUGUAUACACACACACACACACACCACUGCUGUUGGGUGUAUGCUAGCAUAUGUCCUCUUUUACUCACCUUUAAAAAAAAAUUUUUUUACUCAAGAAAUACAUUAGGUGUAAACAGCCCUGGUCUUGCUGGACUAAGCUGUCUUGUAGUUGUUGAGGAUCAAUUGAAAUGUGCCUCCUAGCUCUUGGGGAUUGGAUGAAAUGUGUCUUCUUGUUUUUGAGAAACCAACAGAGCCAGAUGGUGCUAGAGCUGUGCCCUUAUAGAUCUGGGCUCAUAAAUUGAAAAUGCCGUCCAGCACAAAUGUAUAUCUCCUCUUACACUGACUCGUUAUUAAUGCUCUUCUGCCUUGCACUUGGGAGUGCUCUCAGUCACAUGACACUUGGGCGCUACAAAGCUUCACGAUAGCGACUAACACCUUUUGCCAUCACCGUUGACCCCGCAAAAAUUACUGUCCAUUUCAGACGUGUGUAGUUAUGUGGUUGUGCAAUUGAAUGGUGGUAAUGUCCACCAUUUUGUUGUUGAUUGUGGGCACUUUAAGGGAGGUAUAAUACAGAGUUCUUUGAGCAAACGUCAUACAUUUUGGUAAAAUGUGAAAAAACUGGUUGCGAUGUUACAAAGGGAUAUUCACCAGGUUCGUUCGAGUGUAAGUUUGAGGAGUCUGAAGGUGAAUAGGCUUCUGGACUUUGUAUCGAGUGUUUUGUGAUGGUGCGCCAUAGUGUUGGAACGUCCUCAGGUUCUGAUCAGAGAGCUUUCAGAAGCCUGUUGUCAAUGUGAGGUCAAAAACCAAGUUAUCAAAACCACUCUCAGAUGACCUGUUACCUCUUAUGUGUCAUCUAUGUUUAUAAUUGUUUAUGACUUGUAUUAACUCAAAAUGUCUCUCUGUUAUUAAAUUUUUUAUAUACCCUCA